GCGGUGUCGGGGGCAGGAGGUCCGGGACAUGCAGGAGUGGGACAGGAGACACAGGAGGGGGGGGAAAUGAACGAGGUAAAAGAAUGUCUGAGAAACAUAGAACAGACUUACAAGAUCUUCCAGCAACAGCAGUUUACAUUUAUUGCAGCACUGGACCGCACCCGAGAGGAUGCGCAUGACAAGAUCAGGCCUAUAGCAAGUAUUGGACAGGUGCAGGCAUACAUGGAUCAUCACUGUAACAACACUACCGACAGACGCAUCCUCCUCAUGUUCUUGAGCAUCUGUAGUGAACUGAACAAACUCUGCCAAAAGCUAGAAGCCCUGCAUCCUGGUACCAGUGUAACGAACAAUAUUUUGGAGAAAUGCAAGCUGCUCGUUAGCCCCAGCAACGACCUGAGCACCAUCCGAGCCAAGUACCCUCAUGAUGUGGUAAAUCACCUGAGCUGCGAUGAAGCAAAGAACCACUAUGGAGGUGUGGUGAGCCUCAUACCCAUAGUGCUGGACUGCAUGAAAGCAUGGGUGGCCCACAGUGAGAAGCUGCCUCGGAACUUCCUGCAUAAUGCAAGUUAGCUCCUGUUCUUUUGCCUCCUGCCUGAAGACACUCCUGAAUAAACGUUUCCCGUGCAUG